GCCUUGUCGCAUUGUUUCUCGGCCAUUCCGCGAAAACCCCCACCAACGGCAGCUCUGAGCAUCGUGAAUUCUCUCAAGGCAGACUCUGGUCCACCAAAGACAGCAGAAAUGGCAGGAGAAGAUCUGAACCCAGAGCAGGAGGCUGCUGCCCGCGCCCAGGAAAAGGCCGAGCAGGACGCCCUUCCCUACAAGUGGUCGCAAAACAUCGGCGACCUCGACAUCCUCAUCGAAGUGCCCGGAAACCUCAAGGGCCGGGAUAUCGUCGUGGAGAUCAAGAAGAACCAUGUCAAGGCUGGCAUCAAGGGACAGAGCCCGAUCAUUGAUGGCGACCUCCCGCACUCGAUCCUGACCGAGGAUAGCACGUGGACCCUCACGACAAACCCGGGCGGCAGCACAAAGACGGUCGAGAUCCACCUCGACAAGGCCAACAAGAUGGAGUGGUGGCCGCACGUCGUCACCACGGCGCCCAAGAUCGACGUCACCAAGAUCCAGCCCGAGAACAGCAAGCUGAGCGAUCUCGACGGCGAGACGAGAGGCAUGGUCGAGAAGAUGAUGUUCGACCAGCGGCAGAAAGAGGCUGGCUUGCCCACGUCCGACGAGCAGAAGAAGAUGGACAUCCUCAAGAAGUUCCAGGAGCAGCACCCGGAGAUGGACUUUAGCAAUGCCAAGGUCCAGUGAGGUAGCGGACGAGCAAAGGGCAGACAGCCAAAACAGCCAACCGAUGGAGAAAAAAAGAAAGAUGUAUACUGGUGUAUUGAAAACACAACGACUUUAAUGAAUAUGACGACUACCCUCCUAUGCCGUGAGUUUUCUCUAUAGCAUACAAGCUUAAGUUGAAGGCCUCGCUAGUUUAAAUAGCACCCACAGCCCUUUUGCCAUCACAACAAC